AAUUAUUAUUUUUCUGUUUUUAGCAAUUCAGAGAACACUGGAAAAGCAAGAAAUACAAAGGAAAAAAAUAGAGACUGAUUUGGAAAUACUAAAACAAUGUUCAGAGAUUCAGACGAAACUGCUAGCAUAUGAGUUUGAAAAGAAAAUGAAGUAUACAGUGGAUGUGACCCUGGAUCCUGACACAGCUCAUCCCAAACUUAUCCUGUCUGAAGAUGGAAAACAAGUGACACAUGAAGACAAGUGUCAGGAUCUUAAUGAUACACCAGAGAGAUUUGAUUACAGCCCCUGUGUUCUGGGCCAUCAGAGUUUCUCCUCAGGGAGAUUUUAUUAUAAGGUGCAGGUCAGCGGAAAAACUAGGUGGGAUCUUGGAGUAGCCACACAGUCCAUUAACAGGAAGGGGAAGAUUACAUUGAAUCCUCAGAAUGGAUUCUGGGCUGUAGUACUGAGGAAUGAGAAUCAGUAUCAGGCUUGUGCUGGUCCUGCUGUUCCCCUCACACUGAGAGAGAAGGUGGAGGUUGUGGGGGUGUUUGUGGAUUAUGAGGAGGGUCUGGUUUCCUUUUACGAUGUGAAGUCCAGCUCUCAUAUCUACUCUUUCACUGGUCAGACUUUCACUGAGAAACUUUAUCCAUUUUUUUAGCCCAUGUAAUAACAAAAAAGGCCUAAAUUCAUCUCCACUGAUUAUCAUGUGACCUGCACUUGAACUGAGCAAUUUAGGCGUAAAGGGAGUUGCUCAUGAGGCAAAUUGUGCUAGCUUGGUGCUGCAGAGAUUUUAAAGUAGCCUAUAUCCAGUGAGGUUUUUUUUUUUUUUGCCCUGAUCGCUCUCUUUGACACAGGAAAAAGAACAGAAGUUUAGAUUUUGUUGUCUUUGUUUUAAUCUUUAUUAAAUUCAUCUUUUUGUUUUUAUUAAUCUGUGAAUACUUCUCUGUGUGUGAUCUAUGUGUGUGAUUUUCACUACCACUUGACUGUAUUUCCAGUCUUUUUAAUAUUUUUAUUAACUUAAUGAACAAAACCUAUGACCAAUGGGGUGGAGAAUUCAUUGUUCAGAACACUAGCAACAGGUGUUGACCAACAGCGAACAUUUCUGAAAAAUCAAAAUAAGAAAACAUACAACUGGAUUCACAUUAAUGUUUUAAAUACUGUGUAAUAUGUAAUAGCAUUAAGGAAAUGUAUAGAAUAUGUAGCUUGAUGCUUUACAUUUUAAUUAUUUUAUUACAUCAGCUGUAUGUGACAGUUAUACUGCUCAUGGUUUUAUUAAAUAAACUUAAUUUGUUGUAAUGAACACUAUAAUGAUUUUUCCUGGGAACUUGUCAUAUGGAAGGAGUGGGGGUACAUUUUUAGAUGAACAACAAUUGGUCAGUGCAUUGGUCAAAAUUGGUUGAUUGAACAGCAAUCCAACCAAUCACAAUGAAGCUGUGUGUAAUGACAGGUCGUGAGACGGAGAAUCCAUUUGCACGCUUUUUAAUUCAAGCUCGAGGUGCAACAGGCUUAGGUCAGAAUCAGCAAAUACAGUAUCGAAGGUGAGGCAAAAAUCAGAAACGGUAAUACAGGCAGGAGGCAGACAAUCAUAGAACGGAGCGACAGACAGACAGACAGACAGACAGACAGACAGACAGACAGACA